UCACUACCUAGUGACAUUCUUGUGCGUGCAUAUGAAGAUAGAAUGGAUGUCAUGAGCAUUUUGAUCUACGGUCCAGAAGGAACGCCAUAUGAAAAUACAUUUUUCGCAUUCGACGUCCAUUUUCCGCGUGAUUACCCCAAAUCUCCCCCAAUAUUUCAUUACACAACGUAUAGUAAUACACAACUUAAUCCUAAUUUAUAUCAAGAUGGUAAAGUUUGUGUCAGUUUGCUUGGAACUUGGGUCGGAAAGGGUACAGAAGUUUGGACUGAUAAAUCAAAUAUGCUCCAAGCUCUGCUGUCUAUACAAGCCUUGAUCUUGUGUAGAGAGCCAUAUUUUAAUGAAGCUGGCUAUACAAAGCAGCAGGGGACAAACCAAGGCAAAGAGAAUAGUCGCCUAUAUAAUGAAAUGGUGAUUCUGAAAGCGGCUGAGGUUAGAUAUAAAGCACUUGUAGUUACAUGCUAUGAUUGUAAGAUAAAGUUAGUUUAA